AUGAAGGUGGCUCAACUAGACUGUCUGAUUCUUCUACAUCUCCUACACACAGCAGGCUCUGAGAGGUUUGAGGUUCUUGGUCCAACUGAUCCCAUUGUUGCUGUGGCUGGUGAUGACAUCAUUCUGCCCUGUUACCUCAAACCCAACAUCGGUGCUGUGGACAUGACAGUGGAUUGGCUGAACCUGGACUUCUUAGACGGUCGUGUCUAUCGCUACCAAAACCACAGAAUCAUACGAGAUGAUCAGAUUCCCUCCUACAUAGGAAGAACAUCACUGUUUAAAGAGGAACUGUGGAGGGGCAACACCUCUUUGAAACUGACCAGGGUACAAGGCACUGAUGAGGGACGUUACAGAUGCUUAAUUCAGUCAAAGAGCUGGUAUGAUGAUUUCACUAUUCAAGUCCUCGUUAAAGCUGUAGGAUCCAAGCCAGUGGUGUCCAUUGAGGGACACAGAGAGGGAGGGAUGGGUCUGCUGUGUGAAUCAGAAGGCUGGCACCCUGAGCCUGAGCUGGUGUGGCUGGACAGUAAAGGAGUCAAUCUCUCUGCUGGACCUCCUGAGACACACAGAGACUUCAAGGGAUUCUACAGAGUCAAACAACAUGUCAUUGUCCAGGAGACUGACACCAACCACUUUACCUGCAGAGUCCAACAGAGCCGGAUCAAUGAGAAGAUGGAGACAGAGAUUCACCUCCCUAGUGAGUUAUUUGAUACAACCCCAUGGAGAAUAUCCUUCAUUGUGUUAUGCUGUCUGGGAGCCGUCACUGUGAUUGGGUUAGCUCUGGCUAUCUACUGCAUACAUAAUACGAAAGAUGUCCUCAGGAAGGAGAAGGAAAUACUGACUUCUCAGCUGGAUUUUGUGAACACAAACUGGAGUCCAGAUUUUGAAACCAUCAGAAGAUAUGAAGUGAAUGUGACUCUAGACCCUGAUACUGCACAUCGUAACCUCAUCUUGUCUGAGGACGGGAAACAAGUGAGACAUGGAGAACUAAAUCCGGUUCUCUCUGACAACGGGAAGAGGUUUACAUAUUGGUCCUCUAUCCUCGGAAAUGUGGGCUUCUCAGGGAAGUUUUACUAUGAGGUGAAGGUGGAGGGGAAGAAUGAUUGGACUUUGGGAGUGGUCAGAAAGUCCAUCAAUAUGAAUGAAAGUUUUAGACCGAUCCCUAAUAAAGGAUACUGGACUGUGGAGCUGAAGGAUGGAAAGUACACAGCUCAUGCUGAUUCCCCUGUCACCCUCUUACUGAGAGAGAAGCCCCAGAAGGUGGGGGUGUUUGUGGAUUAUGAGAAGUGUCAGGUCUCCUUCUACAAUGUGGAGGACAGGUGUCAUAUCUACUCUUUCACUGGCUGCACCUUCACUAAGAAACUCUAUCCAUUCUUCAACCCUGGUGGUUCAGAUAGUGUUUCACUGGUCAUCUGUCCUGUAGAUGCCACUGACUGACUGUUUUAAAUCAAACAAGGCAGAUACAGUA